UCGGAAAGCGGCCGUGGGGGCCGGCUUCAAGAUGGCGGCGUAGCCCCGCCCCCUCCGGCCGCGGGCUCGGCCAUGGCGCGGCCGGGCGCCCCUCGCCACAAGGUUCUUUCUUCAGGAAGGCUAACAGGAACAGCCAAACCGACAAAUGGAAGAAAACAGAUUGGGUUAAGAAAAGCAUGCCAUUCUGAUGUGGACUCUGGAUAUUCUCUCUACUCGACUGACUCCGAGGAUCAGGUGGCAACUAUAAAUAAUGGGCUUGAUCGUUGUGCAGCUUUACUGCAGGGCAUCUUGCAAAAUGAGGCGACAGGAAAAGAAACUGUACGUCAGAAACCAGGGAGAGCAACUUCUGUUAAGGCUGCUUCUAGACCAUUAGUUACCAGAGGAAAUACCUCAAAAAGAAAAGGACUAAAGAAAAAUCUUCUUGCAGCCCCUGUGCAUAAAGAAGUUGUGCCAGGAUUAAAUAGGAAACUCACCUCAAGUGCCAGACCUGCUGAAAAAGAGGGAGAACUUUCCAGUGCAGUACAAAAUCAGUCUGUUCAACCAAUUCAUGUGCCUUUCAGUCAGCCCUCUCCUGCGAUGCAUCAAAAACUGUGUGAGCAUGUGCAAACUCAAAUGGCUCUAAUAACGGGUCAGGCUUCACAGAGCUGUAAUGGAAUUUCUGCAGUACCUCCUUGUCCCGUGUCAGAUCCUGGAUAUCAAAAUGUUACAGCUUUUAAUUAUCGCCUACCUACCUCAACACCAGCUCUGUCCCCACAGCAUUCAGCUAAUCCUUUGACUAUUCAGUCUGGCCUUCCUCCUGAUGGUUGCAACCAGUGUGCAUCGCAGGUAGGAGGUACUGUGUUUUUCCCAGGAGUUUCUGCAGCCGCUCCUACUGCACAGGUGCAGUCUGUCACCACUGGUCCUGGGAUGAUGCCUUGUGUACCUCCAGCCAUGUCAAAUAAUCCCCCAGCACCUCUGUUCCUUCCCUCGUCUGGUAAUGAGAUAUUGCCAAGCCAAGGAAACCAGGAGCAACGAGCAAAGGAGGCGGACUUGAUAAGAUGCAUACAAGCUCAUCUGGCUCUGUUACAGCCACAUGAGGCAGAAAAUAACAAGGGUGAUGAGAACCACCAGAAUCUUGGUCCAGCACCGUCCCAAAGCUUGGAUCCCAGAGAAGAGGAAACUGCUGCAGAAUACAGCGAGGGCACCACCAGUGAAGAAGAGGACUUGAAUAUGCUGGAUAUAGCACCAGUAAGAGAUACCAGCUGUCAGACAAGUUUUGAGAAGAAAGUUUUAAAACAUAAAAAAGCAAGCCCAGAAAAAACAGCCCAGAAAGUUAAAACAGUAAAAUAUCUUUUGGGAGAGCUCAAGGCACUGGUGGAAGAUCAAGAUGAUUCAGAAAUUUUGAGGCUGAUAAGUGAAAUCGAUGGCUGCGUCUCAUUGCUGCCAGCAGUAGUUGGAACUACAAAUGUACAAGCUGAAAUAGCACUUGCUUUACAGCCUCUCAGAAGUGAAAAUGCCCAGUUGCGGAGGAGAGUAAGGAUACUGAACCAGCAGCUCAGGGAACGAGAGCGAACUGAGAAGGAAUCCAGCCAGGAUUGCCACUUUGAAUGCAAGUACUAGUGGGCCUUGGAUAAUGUUUGGGGAAUCCAUAUAAAGAUUUUUAGUCAACUGAAGGAAUCUCUGAAGGGCCUCGAAUCACUUCAGAAUAAAAAUGAAGAACUCCUUAAAAUAAUAGAAAGCCAGAAAGAAGAAAACAAGCAGUUUGCAAAAGUUAUUCAAGAGAAAGACAAAGAAUUACUUGAAAAUAAGCAGCAGUUUGAUAUUCAAGCUACAAAGCUCAAAAUUGAAGUGGAUGAGGCAUUGGGAAAUGUGAAGAACUUCCAGUUUAAAUUGGAAGCCUCAGAGAAAGAAAAUCAGAUCCUGGGUAUAACGUUACGUCAGCGGGAUGCAGAAGUGAACAGACUGCGUGAACUGACCAGAACUUUGCAGGGCAGCAUGGCCAAGCUUCUCUCUGACCUCACCGUAGACAAUGUAAGACACCGACCGGGUAAAGGUCUUACCAAGUCUCUUCUGGAAAACUAUGAGAAACAGAUGCAAACUAACCCUUUCCCUGUGAGUACUUCAAUAAUGAGUUACCUUAAAAACUUAGAAACUGAUUGUGUUUGGAAAAAUGAGGAACCUCAGUUUUCACAUAAAAUUGGAGAAUUGGAAAUGCCACGGCUAGCCCAUGAAAAGCUUUCUGCUGAUGGAUCCCCUAAAAAAACUACAGUCUUUGGAGAGGAAAUACCAGCCCCAAGGGUUCUACCUCCCCUGUCAAAAGAAGAUGGUGAAACUAUUAGUGAUUCUGGGACUUUAAUAGAGGAAGAUCACAAGGUGGAUGAAACUAUUUAUAUUCCUUUGACCAGCAGUGCCUCUAAAAAACAGCCAUUAGUAACUGAAAAACGAAUUUGUACCCAACACCAAGUUAAUGCAGCUUCCAAGAAGUUGGACUACAGCUGUGGGCUCUCUGACUUCAAGAAGCAGAACGACUUUGGGAUUUUGGAUGAUGCAAAGAUUUUUGAUAAGUUCACUGGUGGUUACGAUUUGAAAAAGACUACAGAAAAUACAUCUGAGGCCACGAGGAAUACAGCCAGGCUGGAAGGAGAUCGGCUCCAACUAUGGCCAAAAGACAUAAUGAUUGGAGCUGCCAAAGGGCUUACAGAUGAGCCAGACAGACCUCAGUCUGACAAACACCCAUACGCUCCUAUGCCACACAAGAAAGAAAAUUUUCAGAAAACAGGCAGUGAAAUAUCUGCUGACUCUAGUUUUUCUGUUUUUGAUUGUAUGGCAGGGAAGUCUGAAUGGAGUGCAUCUUCCUUCUCAACAUUUACUUCACGAGAUGAAGAGGACUUCAAAAAUGGGUUAGCAGCCCUGGAUGCCAACAUAGCUAGAUUACAAAGGACUUUGCACAACAGUAUGCUGAAACAAUGACUGUGAGGAAACUAAACGGGCUGUACUGGUCCAGAUAAUUUUGCUACUUUUUUAAUAGUUUAAUUAGUACAGUUUUUGGAAUGUCUAUUUUUUUAUUGUGUUUUAUAUGCAAAUGGUUGGUACCUAACAGAGUUUAAAUUAUGUAUGGAACUUAAUUAAAUAAAUUAAGGUGCUAUGUUUCUUGUAAUCAGUGCAAAUAAUCUUAUUUAAUUGGAGGAACUUUACACUUUAAUAGUAAAGUGCUAUCUUGUCUCAUCACUGUAUGUGGUCGUUUUAAAGAAACUAACACUGUGUGGUGUUCUGAUGUGAACUUUUAUAUUAAAUGAUGGA